GAUCAGUACUGUUUAUCAAUGGACAACAAAUCACGGUGGAUUUUAGCGGCAAAGAGUGGACUCUUCCUGAAAUGGCUUUAGCCAAGAUAGAGCAGUAUGUGAAGGACCAAGUCGUGAAGGUAGAAAAUGAUGCAACAAGUGUACAGCAUCUUCAGAUGGACAUGGACCAUGGCAGGAAAGCAUGAAAAAGUUCCUGGAGAAGAAGGGUCGAGUUGUGAGCGUGGAUUCAGACGGAGACGUGAUUGUCUGCUUUGGGACCCAGCAGAUUAAGUUCAACCCUGAGUGUCUGACGCCAUCUGGUGGUAGUCCUGAUGAAGAUGAAUUUAAAGAGGAGGAGGCAGCACAGCCAUCAGAGGACACUGAUGAGAAAGGUGAAGAUGUUCCACCACCUCAGGCUCAGAAGGAACGUGAAAUCCAUGACGUCUUGAGUUCUGUGACAGGAAGACAGUAUCUGGGAGAAAGUUCUACCACCACUCAACAAUGCACCUCAAAGGAACUCCACCGCGCACCCCAGAUCAUACACCCCAGAGCACUCCUCAGUGCACUCCACCUAGGUCUUGCUCUCCCUCCCCUGAUGAACGGAGAUCCAAAGCUCUUCAGAUGUACGGUCAUGUGAAG